UUCAACUGUGCUGGCUGAUUGUUCUCACAGUAUAAUAACCUGCUAUAAUCAGACUCAUUUUAUUCGUUUGGACUGUCCAGGCGAGAGGAUAACACCAGAAACGACUGUCUGAGGAAACCAUCUGCUUUGCCAACAUGCAUGUGAUUAAGCGAGAUGGCCGCCAGGAGGGAGUUACUUUUGAUAAAAUCACCUCUCGCAUUCAAAAGCUUUGCUAUGGACUCAAUUCUGACUUUGUGGACCCUACCCAGAUUACAAUGAAGGUGAUCCAGGGUCUGUACAGUGGAGUCACCACUGUGGAGCUGGACACUCUUGCAGCUGAGACUGCUGCCACCCUCACCACCAAACACCCUGACUAUGCAAUCCUGGCUGCACGAAUAGCUGUGUCUAACCUGCACAAAGAGACCAAGAAAGUAUUCAGUGAUGUGAUGGAAGACCUGUACAACUAUGUCAACCCAUUAAAUAAGUGCCAUUCUCCUAUGAUCUCCAAGGAGACGCUCGACAUUGUCCUUGAAAACAAGGCUCGCCUCAACUCAGCCAUCAUUUAUGACAGAGACUUCUCUUACAACUUCUUUGGGUUUAAGACUCUUGAGCGCUCGUAUUUGUUGAAGAUUAAUGGCAAAGUUGCUGAGAGACCCCAGCACAUGUUAAUGAGAGUGGCUGUCGGGAUUCAUAAAGGAGACAUUGAUGCAGCCAUUGAGACCUACAACUUACUGUCAGAGAAGUGGUUCACCCAUGCCUCACCUACACUGUUCAAUGCUGGCACCAACAGGCCACAGCUGUCAAGUUGUUUCUUGCUCACCAUGAAGGAUGACAGCAUCGAUGGUAUUUACGACACACUGAAGCAGUGUGCCCUCAUCUCCAAAUCAGCUGGUGGUAUUGGAUUGGCAGUUAGCUGCAUUAGAGCAACAGGCAGCUAUAUUGCUGGGACAAAUGGCGUUUCCAAUGGGCUGGUUCCUAUGCUUCGAGUGUACAACAACACAGCACGUUAUGUUGACCAGGGUGGCAACAAGAGACCUGGGGCCUUUGCUGUGUAUCUGGAGCCGUGGCAUUUCGAUGUGUUUGACUUCUUGGAGUUGAAGAAGAACACAGGUAAAGAGGAGCAGAGGGCCAGAGACCUGUUCUUCGCUAUGUGGAUCCCGGACCUCUUUAUGAAACGAGUGGAAAGCAAUCAGGACUGGUCUCUGAUGUGCCCCAGUGAGUGUCCUGGAUUAGAGGAGUGUUGGGGAGAGGAGUUCGAGAAGCUCUACACUCAAUAUGAGAAGGAGGGCAGGGCUAAGCGUGUGGUGAAGGCUCAGCAGGUGUGGUAUGCCAUCAUCGAGUCACAGACAGAAACUGGUACACCAUACAUGCUCUACAAGGACGCCUGCAACAGGAAGAGCAACCAGCAGAAUUUGGGCACCAUCAAAUCCAGUAAUCUGUGCACAGAGAUAGUGGAGUACACAAGCAAAGACGAGGUUGCAGUAUGUAACUUAGCAUCCAUUGCCCUCAACAUGUAUGUCACCCCAGAAAGGACCUUUGACUUCAAAAAGCUUGCAUCUGUCACCAAAGUCAUCGUCAAAAACCUGAACAAGAUUAUUGACAUCAACUACUACCCAGUGCCUGAGGCUGAAAGGUCCAACAAGCGUCACCGGCCAAUUGGAAUUGGUGUGCAGGGUCUGGCUGAUGCCUUCAUCCUCAUGCGUCAUCCAUUUGAAAGUCCAGAGGCCCAGUUACUGAACAUUCACAUCUUUGAGACGAUCUACUACGCUGCCUUGGAGGCCAGCUGUGAACUUGCAGAGGAGCUUGGUGCUUAUGAAACCUACACUGGCUCUCCUGUCAGCAAGGGAAUCCUUCAGUAUGACAUGUGGGAUAAAACCCCAACAGAUUUGUGGGACUGGAAGGCAUUGAAGGAAAAAAUUGCCAAGCAUGGUGUGAGGAACAGUCUGCUCUUGGCCCCCAUGCCCACGGCUUCCACUGCCCAGAUCCUGGGCAACAAUGAAUCCAUUGAGGCGUACACCAGUAACAUCUACACCCGCAGGGUGCUCUCAGGAGAGUUUCAGAUUGUGAAUCCUCACCUCCUGAAGGACCUCACAGAGAGAGGACUGUGGAACGAUGAAAUGAAGAACCAGCUCAUUGCUCAGAACGGGUCAAUCCAGGAUAUUGAAGAGAUCCCUGAUGAUCUGAAGCAGCUGUACAAAACUGUGUGGGAAAUCUCCCAGAAGACUGUCCUCAAGAUGGCAGCAGAUCGUGGAGCUUACAUUGACCAGAGCCAGUCCCUUAACAUCCACAUUGCUGAGCCAAACUAUGGCAAACUGACCAGCAUGCACUUUUAUGGUUGGAAGUUGGGCCUGAAAACUGGCAUGUACUACCUGCGGACGAAGCCUGCUGCCAACCCCAUUCAAUUCACCCUGAACAAGGAGAAACUGAAGGAAGCCCCGUCAGCCAAGAGCGUGGAGGAGGAGACCAAAGAGCGCAACACUGCUGCCAUGGUCUGUUCCUUAGCGAACAAAGAUGAAUGUCUGAUGUGUGGCUCUUGAAUGAAGUGUUCACUCAGACAAGUGCACUCCCCCUUUAACCACGGGUUUUCCCAUUGACAAUGUAUUAUUUUGAAACAGCAAGCGCUUUUAAUUUGUAUAUGAUGUAUGUUUUACAAUUGCCGCUGUCUUGAACUCACAAAUCUUUGCAGCUUUUAUUUAAUAUUUGGUUAAUUUUCUUCAUGUGGUAUGUAUAGAAUGAAGAAGGUGUAAUGAAUUAAUAGUCACCCUUAUUUUUUUAUAUAUAGUUUGUAAUAAGUGUGUGUGUUUUAUUAAUGAACUGUUGGUCUGUAUUUUAGGUGUGGAAAAUUAAACUUGUUAA